GCAGCACAUCCUGAGGGACCUUUCUGCAUGUUGGGCUAACAAGCACCAAGGGUUAAACAUGCAGAGUUUCUUAAAAAUGGAGGAAAGGGGGCAUUUCUUCACUCCACCUUGGCCUCCAGCCUCGUGUCCUGAACCUGGGCCCUCUCUGCAGCCUCAGAUCAGUGCCUGGCCACGCUCUGAAGGGCAUCAUGGGUUUGAUGGAUUUCACUCCAAGGUGCUCACCUGGCCCCUGAGCUUGGGGAACACAUUCCACCAUACAGAGGCAAUCCUGCUAGGAGCCUAGGAUGGAUUGUGGCUCGUGGUCUGUGUGGGGCAAAGGGAUCCAACCUGCCCUGCACAAAGAGCUCAGUGCUGCACUGCCUCCGAAACACUUGUAAAAACUUGGGAUGAAAGUUUUCUGCAUCUCGUCCUUCCCAGAGUAGUUUUAGGGUAAAAACCAGCAUUCCUCCCCAGUCCACUGCAGGGGGUCUGGGCAGGACCCCCCUCCCCAUGCCUGGGCCCGGUGAGGGGGGCAGAGGGCUGAAACAGCCACCUCAUCACAGGUGCCAGGUGACCCAGUCCCAUCAACUGAAAUGCCACCGGGGGAACACUGUUUUCCUGUCACCCGAUCCCUGGCUGCUGGAAUGUCCUGGCUGCUAUAUAAGGUUGGGGCCAGGGAGACGGCUCUCAGGGCACUGCCUGUGCAAGGCAGGAGCUGGAACGCUGUGCCGAGGUCCCUACGGUGAGGCCACGGAGGGACAUGGCUCUGGGCAGGUCACUCUGGGGGAGAUGAUCUCACCCAGCAACCCCUGUUAUGGCUGGGGUGGGAUUGGGAAGGGUAGGCAUUGGUGAUCCCAUGCUUAGCAAGUCCUGUGCCUCAGCUUCUCUGGGAUAAAAGGGAGGAGACAGGGCAAGAUAUGGUUUUUGGGACCAAAGCCAUCAAGAGCUGCCACGGCACCGUCUCCGAAUGGGACACCCACGAGAAGCCCUGUCCUGAUGCACCCUCCUGCUUCCCCCACAAGCCCCUCCUCUCCUUCCAGCCCCUCUGCCGCCAUGGUGGGUCUGAAGGCCCCUGAGGUGCCCCCGACGGCCGCCAUGAAGUUCAUCAGCGCAGGGAUGGCCGGCUGCAUCGCUGACCUGUGCACCUUUCCCCUGGACACCGCCAAAGUGCGGCUGCAGAUCCAGGGCGAGGUGAGGAUCCCCCGGACCAUCAGCUCUGUGGAGUACCGGGGUGUUUUGGGGACGCUGAGCACCAUGGUGAGGACGGAGGGAGCCCGCAGCCUCUACAGCGGGCUCGCAGCCGGGCUGCAGCGCCAGAUGAGCUUCGCCUCCAUCCGCAUCGGCCUGUACGACUCUGUGAAGCAGCUCUACACCCCCAAGGGUGCUGAGAACACAGGCAUGGCUGCGAGGCUCCUGGCUGGCUGCACCACGGGGGCUGUGGCCGUGGCCUGUGCCCAGCCCACCGACGUGGUCAAGGUCCGGUUCCAGGCCAGUGGGGCCCUGUCAGAGAGUGCUCGCCGGUACAGCAGCACCGUGGACGCCUAUCGCACCAUCGCCAGGGAGGAGGGGAUCCGCGGGCUCUGGAGAGGGACGCUGCCCAACAUCGCUCGCAAUGCCAUCAUCAACUGCGGGGAGCUCGUCACCUACGACCUCCUCAAGGACGCGCUGCUGCAGGCACAGCUCAUGACAGACAAUGUCCCGUGCCACUUUGUGGCCGCCUUUGGGGCCGGGUUCUGUGCCACAGUGGUGGCAUCACCGGUGGACGUGGUGAAGACGCGGUACAUGAACGCCAGCCCCGGGCAGUACCGCAAUGCCCUGAGCUGCCUCCUGGCCCUGCUCAUGCAGGAUGGCCCCGCCGGCCUCUAUAAGGGCUUCGUCCCGUCCUUCCUGCGCCUGGGCUCCUGGAACGUGGUGAUGUUUGUGUCGUACGAACAGCUGCAGCGCGCCAUGGCGCUGGCACGGCCGGCCCUGGCCUGAGCCCCUCGGCACCUCUCGCCAGCCCAGCGAGGAUCAGCAUCAAUUAUAUUAAUUGCCAAAGCGCCGGGGAGCAGCGAAGCCGCACGCUCGGGGAGGGACCAGAGAGACAGAAAGAGGAAAGGAUGCUGUUUGAGGAGAAACGUGGGAGAAUGGAGGUUUUCAGAGAAGAGUUUUAAGGAAACUUUUAAAGUUUUAAAGGAUGAAGGAAAAAAUGUUUGUUGGCUUUCCACCUGGGAAGAACUUCCCGAGGGCAGUGGUGUAGGCAGGCAGGACCAAGCUGAGGGCCAGAGAAUUCCUGUUAUUCCUUACUGGCGCUUCCAUUAAACCGCCCCUAUGGGGUCUGAUCACAGCGUGG